AUGAAGGCCGAUAUGUCGGGCCCGGUCCAACCGACUUACUACCGGAUGAAAACUGUAGAAGAGUAUGAAGCUUCCGGUGUCCAUGUUAAAUCGAAAGAGACAAGAAAGUACAUCUUCACAUUUUUGGAUGACAUUAGUCGGGUAUGUUAUGGUUUUGAAUCAGAUCCCAUUGAGCAGAUCUGUGAUAGACUCGAUCGUCAAGAAUUCGUCGAAAUUCUAAAGAAGAUGUUGGUGCUCAAUCAAGACUUCCGUUUGACACCUCUGGAAGGUCUCGAGCACAAAUUUGUCACAAUGAGUCAUCUUCAUGCUUACGCAAAUACAAACUAUUUCCGUACCAGUAUGAAAAGGAUGGAAGUAUGUGUGCGGCGUCCAACGACCGUCGUUAAUUCUUCUGCUCAGCUUUUCCGCGGUGCAGCUCCAUCUACACCGAUUACGCAGACUCUACCUACCGCGCUUCCAACCGCCCAACAACUGCCGCCAGCUGCUCAACCCGAUCCUUUGAGCCAUGUUCUUCAUCAAUACCAGACCGUGGCUGCCACUACAAAUCCCUCGACUGCAGCUGCUGCACAGUAUUUCUAUCAACCUCUUGCUACUUUGUUACCAUACGGCCUAUCUGGAGGAUCGGCUGCUUUUGCUGCAGGCUCACGUCAACCGCAGUACGUUUCAUUUGCCCCCGCUGCUCAACAGCUUGUGCCACAGUUUGUUCCUGUUUCAAUUAUGGAUCCAUCCGUCUUGGCUGCACAAGCACAGUGGCAGGGAGCUGCAGCUGGAGGAUCCCAACUUUUAUGGCCUGCACCAACAAUUUUUCCGCCAACAACUGAUCUUUUCAUGCCUUCGCUUCAAACUAUGGCAGGUCAGCGAACUGCCACGCACUUCAACCAGGUUUUUGCUCAUCAUCCUCAGCACAAAGGAUUUAGUCUACCAUCAGGGAGUGGCAUGUCACAGCCGCAGCUAGCUUCGACGCAACUAGCUACUAAUUUUGUUGACGACUCUACCUGGUCUCAGCCGAAUAUCACCACUCUGAACGCACAGAUGAACGCACUGCACCGUACGCCAAUUUGCGCUGAGCAGAGCAAACGCUUCAUCUCCGAAGCCACACUCGGUCGGCGAGCUGCGGCCAAAGCAAAGGGGAUUGUUCCAUCUCCAGCCGUUUCUGUUAUCACUAUUAGUUCCAGCGAGGAGGACGAUGUGAAUGGGAGCAGGUUACUUAUUGUAGCCAGAUUAUUCCGAAAUAUUAGGGUGUCUGGAAGGUUUUGA